CGCAAACAUUGCAUUAAGCAAUCGAAUCGAUGCUGCUACGUAGCCUCAGGAGGGCUGCGAACACUGCUCGCACGAUGCGCCGCCUCGAGACUUGCGCGAGCACGGGAGCCGCACACCUGCGCCUGCCUGGUGAGCUAAAUGCGCUGCCGGCAGUGCUGGCAAGCUUAGUAACACCACCAGACGUCACAGCGCUGAACGCCAAGGUCGAAGCGGCUGCAGCACAGACGCCACCACUCGACGCGAUAAACGACCCGGUCGGCGCGCGCGAGGCGCGGGCGGCCAUCUACGAGCAUGAGCCGCGGCGCGUCGACGAUUCCAUCCCCGGGCUGCAGGCGUCGGACCCGCCGGUCGGCAUCUCCGUCUUCGAGCCGCCCGCCGGUACGGCGGUUUCCGGACUUUACCUCCAGUUCCACGGCGGCGGGUGGGUCGUGGGUAGCGCCUAUGGCCAGAGCGACGGCCGGCUCCAGCGCAUGGCGGACGACCUCUCAGCUGUGGUCGUGAGUGUCGAGUACCGCCUGGCGCCGGAGGCCACGUAUCCUGCGCCCGUCGACGACGCAGUGGCCGCGCUGAAUUGGGCGGUACGUGUAGGCGCGGAGAAGUACGGCGCUCCGGCGCUGGUCGCGGGCGGCGAGUCGUCGGGCGCGCAUCUGCUGCUGGCGGGACUGCUGCGCUGCUCGGCAGACGUACGCCGGCGCUACGCGGCCCUCAAUCUAGUGUACGGCUACACUGACUUGGUCGGCACGCCGUCGCGCCUCGCGUUCGGGCGGCGCCUCGUCUUCUGCAACAGCGAGCUCGACUGGUUCGCGCGCCUCUUCUGCCCGGACGCGGCGACGCGCGCCGACGCGUCGCCCCUGCGCGCGGACUUACCCGCCGAUUUGCCACCCGCGCUAUUCUCGGUGGGAACCUGCGACGCACUGCUCGACGACACGCUGGAGCUGGCGAGGCGGUGGCCGGCGCCAAGCGACUUAGUCCUCUACCCGGGGGCCGCGCACGGCGUCGGGCAUUUCGGGCCCCACGAGCACACGGCUCAAGGCGAGGACUUGUUGCGGCGCGUCGACGCGUAUAUCGGCGCGGCGUUCGCCCGAUCCUAA